ACUCGAUGGACCAGAAGGAGCUGAUUAAGAAGGUGACAGCCUAUGAGAAGAUUAAGGCUAGGGUUUAUCUUUAUCUAUUAGGGGGCUCCUUAGGGAAACGCUUACUUGGUGCAGCUCUCAUUUCUAGUUUACACUAUCUUCUAACCCGCCCCUUCUGCGUAAAGCUGAUCCGAAGAUGAAGCCGUACAAGGAUUCGCUGCAGAAAGUUUGGGAUAUUUUUUGUCGCCUGGAAAUAUCGGGUCUGCAAUUUCCAUUGGGCUGCAGCAAGCCCGAUAAAGUAGGCAAGAUUUCGCAUAUGAAGAGGCAGAAGACUAAGGCGUCAUAG